UGAAUAUUCUUUGUUAUAGAUAACAACGUAGAGAGGCAUUUCCUAUCACUCACCUGAUCGGCGGGAAAAAAAAGAAAACGCUCACAGAGCGCCGACACUAGUAUAUAAAGCGGCAUAGACGAGUCCGGAGCGGCACAAUAACCGAGGCUGAACACCCGACGCCAAUCAAGUUUUGCCGCACGGACGUGUAUGGUAUAAUUGUAUACAUAUGUACCGCGGGUGAGGAAAAAAUGCAGCAACAAGAAGACCACCAGUCGGAUAUUUUCAAGAACGUGGUGAUAAUAGGUAACGGGCCGAGCGGUAUCUGCCUGUCGUACCUGUUGGCGGGCAAUUGGCCGCACUACACCGGCGAGGCCCACCCGGGGGACGAGAUGUUGACGGCUCGACUGCGCUACAGCCUAGGCUCCAGGGGUGGUUGCUUCGUCGAGCGCUCGAGCCGCGAGGAACUCGACGUACUGUCGGCCGGUCUCGAGGGUAGACACGCGGGCAGGCCCCUGUCUCUGCUCAUGGACCAACUUCAGCACCCUUGCCUCGACGCCGGUCUCGACGUGCCCUCGUUGCUCGAGUGGCCCUCGCCCGACAAACACUCGACCCACAGGCCCAUCGACCACGUUGUUCUCGGCAAGGGCUCGGCCGGUGGCUGCUGGAACACCCUGGACCCGAACGUCUUGACCAUCAGUCUGGGCCGUUGGAUGUCCCUGCCGGGGUACGACUUCGGCCAGUGGGAGUCGAGUCUCAGUAGCGAGGAGAGGCGCCAAAAGUUCUCGUACUUGGGCGAAAGCGCGGAAAUCGGCAACGAUUUUUCUUACAGCAACGCCAGCCGAGUGCCGAUCGGCCUGGUGGCUGCCUAUUAUCGGGACUACGUGAUCAAACAGUCCCUCGAUAAGUACUUUCAUUGCGGCACCGUGGUGACCUCGGUAAGGCCCGUCCCCGGCACAGUGGACAGUACAACGGAGUACGGAUGGCUGGUCCAGGGCUACGAGAGCGAGUCCGGCCGGUCGUUCCAGUACAGGUGCAGGAGGGUCGUCCUGGCCAGCGGAGCGACGGACUUGUCGAACCACCUGGGCGUCUCAGGCGAGGACACGUACAACUGGGUGACCCACGACCUCAAGAGCUUCGAGCGGAUGCUCGACCAAACGAGGUCGAGCCUGGAGAUAGCGGGGCUGCUGCACGAGGGUGACGAGCGCCAUCAGUGCAGACGCCGCCAGAGGCCGAAGCCAAAGAGCUGCGAGUCGGUGCUGGUGGUCGGCUCGGGCUUGAGCGCGGCGGACGCGAUAAUGGCCGCGCGGUCCCGUGGCGUGCCGGUCCUCCACGUGUUCCGCUCGAGGCAGCAACAGAAGAGCAGGAGCCUCGACAGGCUGCAGUGGCUCCCGGCGUCGGUGUACCCCGAGUACCACGAGGUCUACGAGAUGAUGAACAUGGGCCUUGGCUUUCCGCUCUAUCGAUCCCUCGCUGACCACAUCGUUGUCGAGUUCAGCGCCGGGGCGGACAAGUACGCGCGCACCAAGACCCGCAAGGUCACCCUCUGCACGCCCCAGGGCAGGCUGGUCACGUACCGACUAGCCUUUGCCGCCGUUCUCAUAGGCUCCAAGCCGGACUUGUCGUAUCUUCACAACGGUGGAGUUGGCCUGGGAAAGGUGGUGGACAAGCCCGUGGACAACCGGACGAAUCAGGUGGACGUCGACGUGUUCGGCUCGUGGGUGCAGCGGGCGCCGAGGAAGGGACUUUACGCGAUCGGGCCGCUGGCCGGUGACAAUUUCGUGCGCUUCAUCUUGGGCGGGGCCCUCGCCGUUCUCGCGGACAUUGUUAACGCGCCCGAGUAGCGUGAGAAAUAAAUAAAUAAAAACAGAGCUUCAGACGCCGGUUGUCUUAUCUGGCUUAUCGUGUCUUUUGCAAGUA